GAAGGCUUGAAGACAAUAGGGAGAAUGGAGAGAGGUGAAGGUGAAGGCUUAAAGACAGCAGGCAGGAUGGAGAGAGGUGAAGGCUUGAAGACAGCAGGGAGGAUGAAGAGAGGUGAAGGUGAAGGCUUGAAGACAGCGGAGAUGAAAAGGUUGGACGUGUGGGUUAAUGAACCCAAAGCCAAGAGACUGGUGGCGAAUCUCAUUGACAUCCAACUCCACAAUAUAAAGGCUGAUCAUCUUACUGAGGAACAGAUCACCGAGUUUAGAGAGGCGUUCAUGUUGUUUGAUAAGAAUGGAGAUGGUUCUAUCAGCACUGCAGAGUUGGGCUCAGUGAUGCGCUCUCUGGGACAAAAUCCCUCUCACACUGAACUGUACCACAUCAUCAGAGAGGUGGACGCUGAUGGGAAUGGGAUGAUUGACUUCCCUGAGUUUAUCACUAUGAUGGUGAUGAAGAUGAAGGAUACAGAUGGUGAGGAUGAGAUCCAUGAGGCCUUCAGAGUGUUUGAUAAGGAUGGGAACGGCUUCAUCAGUGGGGCGGAGCUUCGUGUUGUCAUGAUGAACCUUGGGGAGAAAGUUACAGACCAGGAAGUGGACGAAAUGAUCCAAGAGGCAGAUAAGGACGGAGACGGACAGGUCAACUACCAAGAGUUUGUACAGAUGAUGAAGGCUCAGUGAUGUUCUCAUCUCCUCUCC